AUGGCGGUCAACUGGGUAUGGCGAGCCCGUCAGCUCCAGCGUUUCGCUGCCCAAGAUCCGCCCCAUGAGUAUGCCAAUUGCAUCACGAAAGCCCACCUACGCCGGGCUAAGCUGCUUGCUCCCGACCCGACGGAAAUGGAUCCGGAUGAGCCAAUGUGGCCUGAGAAAUGGGGACUGCUGCCACAAUCGCUACCAUCCUUUUUGACACGAGGGGAGUGGGUGUCACUACCAGAGUAUCCUGCUGACGGAGAAGAAGGGGAAGAAGAAGAGGUGCCGAUGCCUAAAGAGGUCUCGAAAGAUCCCAAAGAGGCCUUGAAGGAUCCCAAAGAGUCUGGAAAGAAGGCUGCCGCCGCCAUUACCACGAAGCCUAUAGCGAACUCUACGACGAAGCCCAAGACGCAGUCUACGCCGCAGUCCACGACGCAGCCCCCGAUGAGACCCCCGACGAAGCCCCCAAUGGAGCCCAGAACGCGGCCCAAAACGCGGCCGAUGCAGCCUUCAACAGAACGAAGUGGCUUGAACAAACCCCAAGCAAAGCACGACGAGCCUAGAUUGUCGACGAGAACACAGGUCCAGGCUGAGGGCCAGGUCCAAGUCCAGGGUCACCGUCAAACGAUCGCGCAGGAGCCAGGGUGCCCUCUGCUUCCCUCUCUUCUUCCGUCCAUACUUCCUUACUCCCCUCUUCUUUCCCCUAGUCCCGCUACUACUGCCCCUCCUCCUCCUCCACCACCCCCUACUUCCGUUACUCCGUCUACUUCUUUGCCAUUAGGUAUCCGGGUAUCGGGAGCAUGGCCCGAGGGAGAGGAAAGCAGAGAGGCCAAUAUCGAUACCGCUAGCUCGUCACGGGACCGAGAACAGCCAAAGUACCUUGUCAUCGAAGAGGACCAAGAACAACCACCGCCUGGUACGCGUGGUUUCACAUGGGACGAGAUGAAGGAGUGUUUGGAGUACUUGAAGCACGAGCGGCGUAAACGCUAG